AUGCGUACAGGAAGCGCAUUUUCUCUACUCGGGCUUUCAGCUCUUGUUCUGCAAGGUGUAGCAGCAAAAGGUUGGCGUGAUCAAGAAGAGUACUCUUGCCCCUCAAACAUCAAGAACGAUUGUACAACACAGGAGAGCGAGGGCUUUGAUUGGAGUGAUUUGGACCUAGGAUCAUUCGACUCUUACAACGAUUACAAGUUUUCGGGUUGGAGUUGUGCCAAUAAGCUUGGGAAGAGAAAUCUUGAGGGACGAACAUUCAAUAGCAAAUGCAUUGAGGCAGACUUGAGCAACAGCGAUUUCAGCAAUGAGAUUAGCUGUGACAAGGCCUUCUCUAUUGGUGAGCUCGACAUCUCUGUUGACGUUGAGACCGAUGUCGAAUUCCAUUAUGGAAUGGAGGAUGGCUCUACUUGCAAGCAGACCAAGAGAUGUGGAACUGAAGGCACUACUGUCACCAACGAUCAAUGUGGUGGAGCAAAGACUGUCAAGGUCAAGCUUCCAAAGAACAACAAGAACACGUCAUGCAAGCUCGGAGUCCAUAAAGUCAAGUUCGAGUGCGGUACAACUACUACUAGCGUCCCGGUCCCUACUACUACGAUUCCUACUGUUAUCAGCUCUACCUCUUCAGUUAAGGUUACUACCACUUCUGCCAGCGAGACAUGCACUAUCCCCAGCAAUUGCUCGGGUGAUUCUUGUACUAUGCCCGCUGGAUGCACUGGAACCACUCCAACUGGCGGUGUCGGUGUCACUUCGGUCACUUCUUCUGUUGGAACCACUACUACUCCCGCCUCAGAAACUUGCACUGUUCCCAGUGACUGCUCCGGCGAGACCUGUACUAUGCCCGCUGAUUGUACUUCCGGUACCGUAAAGCCAACAGCCACCACCUCUUCUGUCGAGGGUACUACCACCGCUCCAUCAGAGACUUGCACCGUCCCCAGCGAUUGCGAAGGCGCGUCUUGCACCAUGCCCGCAGACUGCACUGGUACCAACCCAACUGGCGGAGUCGGCAUUACUUCAAUCACUUCCACUGCUGAGACUGCUACCACCACUGGGCCUUCAGAGACCUGCACCAUUCCCUCAGACUGCUCUGGCGAGACCUGCACAAUGCCCGCGGACUGCACCUCUGGCACCGUCAAGCCCACAGAUAGCACCCCUCCCGCUGUCCCCACUACCACCCCUGCCGCUGAGACUUGCACGGUGCCCAGCGAUUGCGAAGGCGCGUCUUGCACCAUGCCCGCAGACUGCACUGGUACCAGCCCAACUGGUGGUGUUGGUAUUACUUCAAUCACUUCCACUGCUGAGACUGCUACCACCACUGGACCUUCAGAGACUUGCACUAUUCCCCCAGAUUGCUCUGGUGAGACCUGCACUAUGCCUGCCGAUUGCACUGGUAUCAACCCAACCGGUGGUGUUGAUGUUACCUCAGUCACUUCCACUGCUGAGACUGCCACUAUCACUGGGCCUUCGGAGACCUGCACUAUUCCAUACGACUGCUCUGGUGACUCUUGCACUAUGCCCGCAGACUGCACCGGCACCGGCCCCACUGGAGGAGUCGGCAUCACUUCAAUCACUUCUACUGCCGUGACUGCCACCACCACUGGGCCUUCAGAGACCUGCACCAUUCCCUCAGACUGCUCUGGCGAGACCUGCACAAUGCCCGUAGACUGCACCUCUGGCACCGUCAAGCCCACAGAUAGCACCCCUCCCGCUGUCCCUACCACUACCCCUGCCGCUGAGACUUGUACCGUGCCUAGCGAUUGCGAAGGCGCAUCCUGCACCAUGCCCGCUGAUUGCACCGGUACCGGCCCCACUGGCGGAGUCGGCAUUACUUCAAUCACUUCCACUGCUGAGACUGCCACCACCACUGGACCUUCAGAGACUUGCACUAUUCCCCCAGAUUGCUCUGGUGAGACCUGCACUAUGCCCGCUGAUUGCACCGGCACCAACCCCACUGGCGGAGUCGGCAUUACUUCAAUCACUUCCACUGCUGAGACUGCCACCACCACCGGACCUUCAGAGACUUGCACCGUCCCCGCGGACUGCUCUGGCGAGACAUGCACCAUGCCCGCAGGAUGCACUGGCAUUACUCCAACUGGCGGCGUUGGUAUCACUUCAACCACGUCUACCGCGCCUGGAACUGCUGUGACCACCGCUCCCUCGGAGACCUGCACUGUUCCCAGUGACUGCUCUGGCGAGACCUGCACUAUGCCCGCUGAUUGCACAUCUGGCACCGUCAAGCCGACUGACAGCACCCCUCCUGCUGGCCCCAGUACUACUGCUCCUGCCUCAGAGACCUGCACCGUCCCUAGCGAUUGCGAAGGCGCAUCUUGCACUAUGCCCGCUGAUUGCACCGGUACCGGCCCCACUGGCGGUGUUGGUAUUACUUCUCUUACAUCCACUGCUGGAACUGCCAUCACCACUAGCCCUUCAGAGACCUGCACCGUCCCAAGUGAUUGCACUGGAGAAAGCUGCACCAUGCCUCCUGGCUGCCCCCAGACCACCUCCGUCCCCGCUAUCGGUGUUUCUACCACUGGUGAGGUCAAGCCUACUGAUACCACUUCUUCCCCGGCUGGAACCACCACUGCCCCGGCCUCAGAGACCUGCACAGUUCCUUCAGAUUGCUCUGGAGAGACUUGCACCAUGCCUGCUGACUGCACUGGUAUCAACCCCACUGGCGGCGUCGAUGUUACUUCUCUCACCUCCACUGCCCAAACUGCCACUACAACGGGUCCUUCGGAGACUUGCACUGUUCCUUCAGACUGCUCUGGCGAUUCUUGCACCAUGCCUCCUGGCUGCCCGGCGACUGCCACUGUCCCAGCUACCGGUGUCUCUACCAGCGGCGAGGUCAAGCCAACUGACAGCACCCCUCCUGCUGGCCCCACUACUACUGCUCCUGCCUCAGAGACUUGCACCGUUCCCUCAGACUGCUCUGGCGAGACCUGCACCAUGCCCGCUGAUUGCACCGGUACCGGCCCAACUGGCGGCGUUGGUAUUACUUCUCUCACAUCCACUGCUGGAACUGCCGUCACCACUAGCCCCUCAGAGACCUGCACCGUCCCAAGUGAUUGCACUGGAGAGAGCUGCACCAUGCCUCCUGGCUGCCCCACGACUACUUCCGUCCCUGCCAUCGGUGUUUCCACCACUGGUGAGGUCAAGCCCACUGAUACUACUCCUGCCGCUGGAACAACCGCUGUCCCUGCAACCUGCACAAUCCCCAGCGACUGCACUGGCGCAACAUGCACCAUGCCCGCCGGCUGCCCGCCAACCGCCACCGCCUCAGUCCCAGCUUCCGAGACCUGCACCGUGCCCGCUGACUGCUCUGGCGACGCCUGCACCAUGCCCGCCGGCUGCCCUGCCACCACCACCGGCGUCACUGGAACCACCCCAGUUACUGGCGAUGUCACUGCAACCUCCACCGGCACCACCCGCGGCCUCAACGGCAGCACUGGCAUCACCUCCGUCGCCGGCAGCUCCACCAUCAAGGCCACCGAGUCCAUCCCGCCCUCUUCCAGCACCGCCGGCGUCCCAGCGGUCACCAUGCCCGCCACCGAGUGCCCCGACCUCCUCCCCAGAUGUCUCAAGACCUGGAUCUUCAUCACUAGCUGCACCGACACCGCUGACCCAUCAUGCUACUGCCCCCAUGAGGAAUUCGUCAACAAGGUCGUCGGCUGUCUCGAUGCGUGGUCUUCGGACGACGACGAGGUCACCAGCGCAGUCGAGUACUUCCUCGGUCUUUGUGCUCCGUACGUCGACGAGAACCCGGCCAUUGUCACUGCUAUCCCGUCGACUAUCACGCUGCCGACCCCGUCGCCGGAUGUCCCGAAUGUCACUAUCAUCCAGACCAUCACCACUGUUGUCCCCUGCGAGCCGACUACUGUCACUACUGGCUCUGCGUCUGGCACCGUGGUCACGGUGAUCACGUCUACGGCCACACAGACACUCACGAUCCCGCAGGUUACGUUGGUUGUCACUGCCACUGACGCUACGCUUGUCUACCCAACCUCCGACGUCGCCGCUACCUCUGCGCCGCCGGCCACAGCCACUACGAUCCCUACUGGCGUCCCUGCAGUCACUACGCCGGUUUCUACAACGCUGAAGGCUAUUGAGACGUCUCUUCCCUCGUCCGAGGCGGGUGCUUCUCCCUCUUCGGAGCUGGGCACGUCUACGACCAUCAAGGCUAUCGGAACCACUCCUGCGUUGACCAGCGCCCCGGGAUUGACUACCGCCCCGGCCGCUCCUACGACGUUGGUGACCUACCCGGUUGGCUCCGGCGCUAAUGCGACUGGCACUGCGGUCCCCGUGACUACUAGUGGUGUGCCGCUCUUUACUGGUGCGGCGUCGGGUAUUGUGCCUGGUACUAUUGUUGCCGUUGUUGGAGCCCUCGCUGUGGUGCUUCUGCAGUUGUAG